GUUGCAUUUCGCUGUCCAUCUGCAGUUGUGCACAAAGUCACACGGCGCAGGAAGGGGAGCAGCAUUGCAGCAAUGGCGGAGGAGGAGGCAGGGAGGACGAACACCGGCGGCGUCAGAGUGUGCGUCACCGGCGGCGCCGGGUUCAUCGGCUCGUGGCUCGUCAAGAAGCUCCUCGACGCCGGCUACACCGUGCACGCCACCCUCCGAAGCGUCGGGGACGAGGCGAAAGCGGGGCUGGUUCGAGGGCUCGUCCCCGGCGCGGUGGCGGAGCGGCGGCUGCGGCUGUUCGAGGCCGACCUCUACGACGCCGCCACGUUCGCGCCGGCCAUCGACGGCUGCCGGUUCGUCUUCCUCGUCGCCACGCCCUUCGUCCACGACGCCACCAGCACCAAGUACAAGAACACGGCGGAGGCGGCCCUGGACGCGGCGCGGGUGAUCCUCCGGCAGUGCGAGGAUUCCAAGACGGUGAAGCGCGUCAUCUACACCGGCUCCAUGGCGGCGUCUUCGCCGCUCAAGGAGGACUCCACCGGGUUCAAGGAUUCCAUCGACGAAUCCUGCUGGACGCCGCUCGCCGUCGACUACCCUCACCGGAGCGCACGGUUCGAUGAGUACAUCCUGUCCAAGCUGCUGUCGGAGCGGGAGCUGCUGGCGUACAACGCCGGCGAGAGCCCGGCGUUCGAGGUGGUCACGGUGCCGUGCGCCGUCGUCGCCGGCGCGACGCUCCAGGAGCACUCGACGACGGGCCUGGACUGCCUCGCGUCUCCGCUGUCCCGGGACGAGCGCUGCUUCGGAGCGCUGAGGAUGCUGCAGAGGCUGAUGGGCUCGGUGCCGGUGGUGCACGUCGACGACGUCUGCGACGCGCUCGUCUUCUGCAUGGAGAGGCCGUCCAUGACCGGCCGGUUCCUCUGCUCCGCCGCGUACCCGACGCUCGCCGACAUCGUCGACCACUUCGCCGGCAAGUACCCUCACCUCGACCUCCUCAAGGAGACGGAGACAUCGCCGAGCGUGCAAGCUCACUCCGACAAGCUGGGGGAUCUGGGAUUCAAGUACAAGUACGGCAUGGAGGAGAUACUGGACAGCAGCGUCGAAUGCGCCGUGGGACUUGGUUGCAUCGAUGCAUCCAAGAUCAGUUCGCUUUUGUGACGUUGGUUUGCCUCUUUAGGCGUUCUGAUUACCACACUCAAAAUAAAUAAAACGGGCACUUUCCCUCCUUGGCUUGCACUUCAUUCACACGGCCAAGACGCCAAGUACUAUGCAGUUUGAAGACUCUGAACUUUAUUUUUUUUCUCUCUACCACUGUUAAGUUGGCUUAUUGACUGAUCCGUCGGUUUCAAAUAUAAAUAUUUAUCUAUAUCUAUGCCCCAUUAGAGCAAGUAUAAUAGCAGACUAGCUAAAUGCUUAUGUGGAGGAGAAAGAGGAGGAGUGAGCUGUAAUCUUAUAGCCAGCUUGGACACAAUAACCAAGAAAUCAUUGAGAGAGACAUGUAAGUCUUGCAUUAAUGAUAAAGAGCUAACUAAGAAGACUACAAUAAACCUUAUAGCUA